CCCCCCCCCCCAAAUCAGUGCCCCUUGAUUAGACCCCACCAUGGCAGAUCCAGAUCUUGAUUUCACCAGUGGAGAUGCCGGGGCCUCUGAGACGUACCCGCAGCAGUGCAGUGCUCUGCGCAAAAACGGCUUCGUGGUCCUGAAGGGUCGUCCCUGCAAAAUCGUCGAGAUGUCCACUUCCAAGACUGGAAAGCACGGCCAUGCUAAGGUUCACCUGGUUGGUAUCGACAUUUUCACUAAUAAGAAGUAUGAAGAUAUUUGUCCUUCCACCCACAACAUGGACGUGCCCAACAUAAAGAGAAACGACUUCCAGCUGGUUGAUAUUAAUGAGGGUUUCCUGUCUCUCAUGAUGGACAACGGUGAUGUGCGUGAGGACCUCCGUGUUCCUGAAGGUGACCUGGGCAAGGAGAUUGAAUCCAAAUACAGUGCCGGUGAAGACAUGAUGAUUACUGUGCUCUCAGCGAUGGGUGAAGAGGCUGCAGUUGGAAUCAAGGCCUUUACCAAAUAGGAAGAGAGAGAGGGCGAGAGAGAGACUGGGCUGCUCAGGCUGCAACAUGCACCACAUUUUAAAAUCUCCUGAUUUUUGGUUUUGUUUUUUCACCAAAGCUCUGGCCUUCACACAUCACAUUUGGGUUUUUUUUUUAAUAUAAAUAAUCCAUCUUCAUCUUUUGUCAUUCUGCUGGACUUUUCUUUCACAGCUUAAUUUCAUUAGGUCGUUUUGGCAUUCUCACAGAUCAGAUUCUUUUAGGGUUUUUUCUUUUCUUUUUAUUCCACUGUUUUGCCUUCAUGGUGUUGGUCUGGCCACUUGCAUUCCUGAAUGUUGAAACAGGAUUCAUACAGACAGAUGUAUAGACAGACAUAACAUUGCAGAUUACUUUGCAGAAUCAAUGCCUUUCAGUGGAGUAUUAUGUGCAGUGCAUUUUAAAGAAAGGGAAGAAACGGUCCUCACUGACAUUUUUAUCCCCCUGCCUUAAGGGUGCCAUAACGGGUUUUUUUUUUUUUUAAUAAUAUAUAAACAUGGUUCUGUAUCUGCACUAAGAUCAGUUCUCUCAGUUGAUGCCUUUACCCAAAGUGAGAUGUGAGUGUCCUGGUAGUUAGCACUUUGUAGUACCUAAAGUACCUUGAGUACUACUAAAAACAUUUUUUGGGUUUUUUUUUUUUUGCUUUUUUAAGUAAAAUCACUAAGACAGUAAGAAAUAAACUUCAGUGGAAUUUAUAAAUGCCAGUCUCCAUUGUGACUUGGACAGAAGGAUGUGAUGGCCAUGUGUGAGUACCUCUGUAAUGCAAUAGCAGCCUGGUUCUGGCUGUCAGACAACCUUAAAUAAAGUGUUGAAGCCUG